AAACCGCUCACGGUGGACCAACGCCGAUCGGCGACCGUCGCCUCGCCUCGGCGCGGACAGUGAGACGCCGUCCGUUCCUACAGCGGGAUAUCUGCACGUCGCUGAGGACCUUUCGCCGACGAUUUUUCGCCGGGGGUCCAUGCCACGAAUCGAUCGACAGUGGGGCGCGCGAUCCUCUCACGUACAUGUUAGCUAUCGAUUUAUACGCGGCAUGUCCGCUUGAGGUCGGCUACUGCGAUCGCUACUGCGGAUGUUGCUCUUGAACUGUAAUUGUCGUACAGCGUAUGUAGAGUAUUUUUGGACCAAAGAUGACGGUAUAUAAUGAGAUUUUUUCAUCCUAUAGAUUUCACAUGGCACUGUAGAUAUCUUUUUUAAACGCCGUAAAUCAUAUAGAGGAGUCUUUUCGCUAGCUGAAAAACGAAGCCUAAACCAUGAAACUAAAAUAAAAAGACAGAACGAAACUACAAAAACGAACGGAAGAAGAAGACGUGAGCCGUGUGAUAUUCUGAGACGAAGAGGGUGCGUUGAGAGAGUGGACAGAGGUGGAGGGACCGUCACAAUGAUGGAGCUGAGUCACAGUCUCACCCUCAACGAGGAUGCGCUAAAUCAAAUCCCAGAGGCCAAGCGGCCCGUCUUCGUAUUCGAGUGGCUGCGUUUCCUGGACAAAGUCCUCGUCGCGGCGCAAAAGAACGAUAUCAAGGGAUGCCAACAAAAAUUAGUCGAACAGCUCACAAGGCACAUGCAAGGGGCUCCGGGACCACCGACCCGUCGUCUCAUAGCGCGCUGCCUUGCAACCCUCUUUAGUGUUGGCGACACAUUUCUGCUAUUUGACACAGUAAACAAGUGCAACGAUAUUCUCAAAAACAAGGACGACUCUCCGAGUUUCCUGCCCACAAAAUUAGCUGCAAUUUGCUGCGUCGGAUGUAUGUACGAAAAAUUGGGCCGCAUGAUGGGCCGAUCUUACGAAGACACUGUUCAAAUAUUGAUAAAAUCACUCCGCUCAGCGGAGUCGCAAACCCGGAUAGAAAUAAUGCACACUCUUGAGAAGGUGUGCGCUGGGAUGGGAUCUGCCAUUACAAACGUCCACAAGGAAAUUUACAAAGUGGCCCGACACUGCCUUACGGAUAGAGUCAUGGCAGUACGUUGCGCUGCUGCUAAGUGUCUUUUGGAAAUGUUGAAUCACGCACCUUUUCUGUGCACAACUGAAAUCGAAAGUGUUGCCACAUUGUGUUUCCGCGCAUUCGAAGGUUCAAAUUAUGAAGUGAGAUGUACCGUGGCAAAACUUUUGGGUGCAUUAGUUGCCACCACGCAACAAGCAGCCACGAAAGGAAACAAUCCGCCAGUUUUAGCUCCUCAAAGUAAAGGGUAUAAGCCAAUAUCAUUGGAUGAAGCACUGAACAUACUAAUGUCUGGAUUUCUACGCGGCGGUGCCGGCUUUUUAAAAGGCACAGGAGAAAUGAUAAAGGGAAGCUCGGGCGUAAAUCGUGAAGUGAGAGUUGGAGUUACACAUGCCUAUGUAGUAUUCGUGCAAAUUCUCGGAGGAGCUUGGCUUGAGCGUAACAUAAGCACCCUGGUUUCCCACGUCCUAGAUCUGGUCGCUAAUCCCAAAGCGGCCAGUUCACACGUGGAUGCAGUAUACUCGAGAAAAUGCAUAAACUUUAUCCUCCGAGGUACGAUAGGAAAGUUGUUAGGUGAGGGAGCUCAGGCUGCAGCGUGCAAAGAAAUCGCCCAUGUAAUUUUGAAGCAGAUGAACUCCAUCGACUUCAGCCCAGAAAACGCGAAAGACUGCAAUCAAGAAACGUUAUUCAGCCAACAUCUGUUAGUCUGUGCUUUACAAGAAAUGGGAAAUCUGAUUCUCGGACUAGGCACAACCGCUUGUAAUCUCAUAUCCGACCAAUCACUUAGCUUGAUUGAAACAACAAUAGCAGUUUUGGUGCACCCUUGUCAAGCGGCAAGACUAGCCGCUUCGUGGUGUCUGCGAUGCAUUUGCGUCGCUGUUCCAAGUCAGAUAACACCGUUGAUAGACCGUUGCGUGGAUGCAAUUGAAAAUAUGAGAAGUUCGCCGGAGGCAAUAGCAGGCUACAGUAGUGCCCUAGCCGCGGUUUUAGGAAGCGUAAGAUUAUCGCCCCUCGGAGUUCCCCAUACCAAGGGAAAGAUAAUAUUUAAUACAGCUGAAGAAUUAUUGAGAAGUGCUAGUCAAAACAGCCGGCUGUCGUUGAACAGAACUCACGCUGGUUGGCUAUUGAUCGGGGCUAUAAUGACUCUUGGCGUGGCGGUGGUGAGGGGAUUACUGCCGAGGAUGUUAUUACUCUGGAGGAAUUCUUUUCCACGUUCAAACAAAGAGCUUGAGAGUGAAAAAGCUCGCGGAGAUGCGUUCACCUGGCAGGUGACACUGGAAGGCCGAGCUGGGGCACUUUCUGCUAUGCACAGUUUCUUGCUACAUUGUUCAGAUCUUCUCAAUGAUGACAUCACUCGCAGGCUUCUCACACCUAUUGAGUCUGCCUUGGCAAUGCUUACAAACUUAUCCACAGUCCUCAAAAACUAUGGUCAACAAUUAAAAGCUCCCGCUGCCAUGGUCAGAUUACGCUUGUACGAAACGUUAUUACUGCUACCACCCCAAACUUUCGAAGGCUCAUACACACAUCUGUUAAGGAUGCUGGUAUCUGAAUUUACUUUAACUGAAAAUCCGGGGAAUACCACAACUUCGUUACUGCGCAUUGUGUGUCAUGCCGACGAUUCCGUUAUUCUUGGAACAUGGUUGCAGGAGACAGAUCAUCGCACUAUUGAAGACCAGAUGGAACCAAACCGACGGGCCGAUUCUGAACAUUUGCAACCUAAUAGUGCCGCCGGAUCAGGAGCACUGGAGCAUGAUUCAUGCUGUCUGUAUCGUCCUGUUCCAAACGGCGAAAUAGUACCGGGACCACUUCCUCUAGGUGUUGCUGUUAUCGAUAUGUCAGUCUCAUUAUUUGGACAAAUAUUUCCUCGCGUAGCGAACAAACACAGAUUGCAAAUGUUGGACCACUUCAGCGAAUGUAUUAAACAUGCUAAAAGUGCCAGACAAGAAGCGGUACAAAUGAAUGUCUUUACAGCCGUUCUUAGUGGAUUGAAGGGUCUUAAUGAGGCAAAAACUAGUUUCGGCCAAGAAGAUGUAAAAAAAUCUGCAACCAAUCUGAUUAUCAGCGCACUUGUCAGUAGCAAUUCAAUCCUGCGCUGCGCAGCUGGUGAGGCAGUCGGGCGAAUGGCACAAGUUGUUUCAGACUCCAAAUUCACCGCAGAGUUGGCACAGACCAGUUUCGAUCGACUCAAAUCGGCUCGUGAUGUGGCUAGUAGGACAGGUCAUUCGCUGGCACUUGGUUGCCUGCACAGAUAUGUCGGAGGAAUGGGUUCUAGUCAACAUUUGAACACAAGUGUCAGCAUUCUGCUUGCUCUCGCCCAAGACAAUACAUCUCCUGUUGUACAGGUUUGGGCAUUGCAUGCGCUAGCACUUAUUGCCGACUCUGGAGGCCCGAUGUUCCGAGGCUAUGUCGAACCGACGCUAUCAUUAGCAUUAACUCUCCUCCUCAACGUUCCACAUUCCUACAUUGACGUUCAUCAAUGUAUCGGCAAAGUUCUGUCUGCACUUAUUACCACCAUUGGACCAGAAUUGCAAGGCAAUACAUCGACCAUAUGUAUGGCACGGUCAUCCUUUUUAUGCGCUUGUGCAAUAAUGCAAGAUCAUCAGGACCCGCUUGUUCAAGCUGAAGCUACAGGGUGUUUACAACAAUUACAUCUAUUUGCGCCACGACAUGUUAAUUUGUCCUCAUUGGUUCCCACAUUGUGUCGCACUUUGUCAAGCAAUCAUCUUCUACUUCGCAAAGCGGCAAUAUCUUGUCUUCGUCAGCUUGCUCAACGGGAGGCGAAAGAAGUAUGUGAACAUGCGAUGACAUUAGCCAAUGAAAGCAGAGAUACGAACAUCGUCGAGGGUCUUGUUAUCACGGAGACAGGUCUUCCAGGAGUUUUAUUCAGCAUGCUAGAUACAGAAACGGACAGCCGACUAAUAAAAGAUAUCCACGAUACUCUUACCAGUAUGCUUCAAAUGCUUGCUGCUGACAACCUAUCACAGUGGUUAUCCCUUUGCAAAGAUGUUUUAACGGUAGCUUCAGAGUCGAGUACGACAACAGAAGAAGUCACUGCUGUUCUAACUGAAGAUAGUACAGCGGAUGAUGAAGGUGGUGAAGCAGAAGGUGAUGAUGAUCAGGCCGAAUUUCACGCAGAAGAGUCAACACGGCAACGUCCAGCUGUCUCACCACGUUGGCCGACCAGAGUUUUCGCUGCUCAGAGUGUACGACGGAUUAUCACUGCUUGUCUUGUCAACAAGCAGGCACACUUUGAUCUGGCCUUAGCUAAGGAAAUGCAGCUCACCAGAGGAAGAGGAGAUUUUCUAGUACUACACUUAUCAGAUUUAGUGCGUAUGGCGUUUAUGGCUGCGACCAGUGAUUGUGAUCCUUUGCGAUUAGAAGGUCUCAAGACCUUACAAGAAAUAAUUGAUAAAUUUGCCAAAGUUCCGGAACCAGAAUUUCCUGGACACUUACUUCUGGAACAAUUCCAAGCGCAGGUUGGUGCUGCCUUGAGACCAGCGUUUUCUACAGAAACGGCAUCUCACGUCACCGCUGCAGCUUGUGAAGCUUGUAGCGCAUGGAUUGGUAGUGGUGUUGCAAGGGAUCUCAAUGAUUUACGCCGAGUACAUCAACUGCUUGUAUCGUCGUUGGAAAAAUUAAGAGGCGGACAUUCUCAUCAACAAUUAUACAAUGAAAGCCUUUCUACGUUAGAAAAACUGGCCAUAUUAAAGGCUUGGGCUGAGGUGUACGUGGUGGCAAUGAUUAAUGAUGGUUCAGCACCUGGAAAUGUAGAGACCUCAUCAAGAAAUAAGGCUCAUACAACUGCCGCAAACGAGGAAGAAGGCUUUGGCGAAUUUGAGUUCCAGAAUGAAAGCUUACUCAGUUUAGUUCAGCCAGAGUUAUUAAGUCUGAGUCAACAUUGGUUAGCUGCCCUGCGCGAUCAUGCAUUACUCUCCCUACCACCUGAAUUUUCAAGUCAGCUUCCUCACGAUGGAGGAGCCUUUUACACAACUGAUACAAUGGAAUCAGCUCGUCCUUAUUACCUUGAGUCUUGGGCUCCAAUACUUCAUGCAGCAACACUGUGGCUGAAUGCUAGAGGCUUCGAAUCUCCAGAACCUGCCAAUGUCGAUACUAAUACGAAGAAUAAACUUGGCCGUAAUAAUAAUAAUGACUCUACCAAUACAGAAUCUAAUGUCGAACGAUUCCAUUUAUUGUUUGGUAUAUGCAUGGAAGCUUUGUGCAGUCCUCGAUCUUCGGAGUCUACCCAAAGUGUAGAGACAUGUCUGAGUGCUCUCUACACCUUACUUGAUUCUAUAUGGGCACGCAACGUACUUAUGGUUGAUCGGUCCCUUCCUAUUGAGCUUUGCAAUGUUCUUCACAGGUUGCUACUGACGCGAGAAAGCUAUACCAUUCAAAUGAUGGUAAUGGAAGUACUGAAACAAGUAAUGCGUGCUGCUCAAGAAGACCUUGCAGAUCGGAAAAAAUCGAAACUCAAGGAACUUGUCCCUGCAAAUCAAGAGUCUAAAGACACCACAGAGGUCGAUGAACUGGGGGAAGGGCAGGAAACUGGUGACCUUAUUCCAGGACAAUCUUUAGUUUUUGCUGUACUAGAAGUUUGCUUGUGCUUACUCGUACGACAAAUACCAGCGUUGAAUCCCAGUCCAGGUGGUGCGACAACGGUGUUGUCUCAUCGGGGAUAUACAGCAUCGGAGGAAUGUGGCAGGCUCAUUGCUGCCACUCUGAAUGUGAUGGAAGGUCUUCCAAGGCUUUGUUCUCCACAAGGUGCCAUUGCGAUUCUACCCACGUUGUUAUAUUUAACAACUGGGGUAAUUAGAGAGACUGCGAUUCGCACAGAUAACGAUAAUUCUGGGGUCGGACCUGGAGCACCUGUGCACGGGGCUCUGCAUUGUCUCAAGAGUCUUAUGACCAAUAAAUACGCAACUGAUGCAAGAAGUGAACAACAGUGGAAAACUUUGCUUCAGAGUGCUCUUGCUAAAAUAGUCGAUCUAGCAAAAACAGGUUGUGAUGAAACGAAAAUGGAUGAAGUUGCGAUGAUGUUAGGGAUUGCAGUGUUUGUCCUCCACGCAUCCCCUGAGGUUGUGAGUGCACCGAACUUACAGUACCCUUGCAUCAAUCAUUUUCGGCAGUGUCUUCAAUCAGAAAAUACUCUGGUUAAAUUAAAGUGCAUACAAACAUUGAGAACAAUCUUCAUGCACUAUGAACGCAGUGUCAGUACUCCCUACAUCCACGCUCUCGCACCAAGGUUGGUGGAAUAUCUGUACAGUGAAUCGAGCAAACAAGUAUCAAACGAAACUCAGCUAACUCUUACAUUAGAAAGCAUAGCAACGAUUGAAGCACUCAUAUCAUUAGCUGAACCUGCUAAUCGAGAUCUUAUGCAAGGUAUUCAAAUGCUUACUCUGCUGGUGCCUAUUCUGAUAAAUUAUCUACUGGAAGGUGAUGCCUUGCGCCAUGGAUCCAAAUUCCAAAUCACUCUCCAUCAACAGAGCUUUCAAUGGCUGAAUAAAAUAGGACCAAAGUACCCUCAGGAAUUUAAGACGUUGAUGGCACAAUCUACAGAGUUGAAAACAAAGCUCGAAAACGCGGUGAAAUCCAGCCACCAGCAGCAGGUUCAAAAGCAAUCAAGAUUAUCGGAGCCAGUGAAACAAGCAAUUAAACUCAACACUGCCCCUUCAAUUAAAUUAAAAACAGAUUUUUCUAACUUCAACUAAAUAGUUGUAGAAACAGAACUAAGUAUAUCAUUCUUAGUAGAACACUAUACCAUAACAUUUAUGUUGCUUUGUUAACAAAUUGUGUAUAAUACUUUUUCUCAUCAAAUUGCUUACGGUCUAACAUUCCAUCAGACUUCAGAUAACAAUAAGUAAGUAUCAGACAAUUAAUUUUUAAUAUUUGUAAUCUGAUAAACCAUGCAUAAUUAUCUGUCUGAAAUUUUACGUUCGCUGCGACAUGGAUGACCGAUGAUUCGCACCCCGUACAUACAGUAAAAAACUCGUAGCAUCGAACAUUUUAGAAGUGAUAUUCAGUUUUUUCGUUUAGUUGCAUAUUUAUCAACAAUUGAUCCUCGCGGCGUACUGCUUGUAUACUAAUUUAACAGUUAUUAAUUUACUGAAGAAUUUUCGAGCGUAAAAUAUGAUUCAUUAGACCGCAAAUUAUUUGAUGAAACGAUUGAAAACAAAGGGAAUGCUCAGUGACCACAAUAAAGAGUUAUUUUUAUAUUAUGUCAUUUUAGGUCAAGAUUGGAAGAACGAUAUGAAAUAGUCAUGUAAUAUUUCUUAAUUAUAACGUAUAUUUUGACGUAUGCUUUAAGUCGAUCAGAUACAGAUACAUACACGGAUAAUAUUUUUGAAUUAUCGUCUUUGUUGCGUCAUUUCCUUUAAUCUAACGCAUCAAACGCUAUUCACGGAAGUAUGAUCGAAAUUAGGUCUAAUCGUCGAAAAACAGUUGUCGACAAUCCAAAAACAGCAUUUAAUUUGUAAUAAACAAUCAGAAUUAACAUCAUUCGCGAAGUCUUAUGAAAGUUCUGUUGGCAUACCAUUAGAAUAAUGUUUAUCAAUGAUAUUGAUUUACGGGAAAUUAUUUGUUAGUUCAGACGUUCAUCCACUCCCCAUUUAUCUGUAGAAAUAUUUAUGAACAGAUUUGCCAAGAAAAAAAGAAUAAGAACAAAACGAAUGGUCCACAUAGUGGCGUAUAAAUUGUAGUCCUUCAUACUUCGCAUAAACUUGUAUACCGAACAUAAUACACACACACAGCAACAACCGUCAUACACAUCUAGCGAGUGAAUAAAGUAGCUGUGAUUAUAUAUAUUAUAUAAAUUCGUAUAGAAGUCCAAGUGAUGAUAGUAUUACUACGUGUAACGGCGUGAAAUCUCGUCAAAGUGAAUCAUGUUGUAAUUUUACUAAAAUGUAUAGGAAUUCAAGAAAAACAAAAACAAAUAUAUAUUAAAUCUAUAA